AUGAUACAAUACCUCCUCCGUUCGAGCGCAAAGGGGCGACAGCCACCUGCAUCAAUCGCUCGUUGGGAUAGUACAUGGCAGCGGAUUGGAUUUAUCAAGUUACGACUCGAGCCGCCGGGCCGAAUUCGGACCUGGCACGAUGUUUUGUAUAUCUUUUACAACCAUGAUUUCUUGCGACUCGCACUGUCCGUCAUUUGGCUUAUUGUAUGCGGACUCAUUGAGUCUUUUCUUGCCCAGUUGAGCGAAAUUCGAUAUUCGCAUUUUCCGUAUGACAAGGUAAGACACUCCGACUUGAUGCACGAUGCAUUCCCACGCGUUGAAAACUAUCUAACUGUCAACUACUUGCUGCUUACCACCUUACUGUAUACGACACUCGGUUUCGCACUGCAGUCGCCAGAUUGGACGACAAGGAUAGUUGUUUUACGUCGAUGGCUUGUAAUUAUGGGCGCCAUAUACAUUUUUCGAGGCAUCUGUGUGGCUGUGACAACUUUGCCUUCAUCUCGUGUCAACAAUUGCGUGCCGUCUGAUAUAGCCUUGAACGGGUCCGCAGGUGCCCGAUUCAGUUUUCUGUUUCGACAAAUCGGUGGACAGCUGAGUCCGUGCACAGACAACAUCUUUUCAGGUCAUACAUCGGCCAUGAUGUCCUGCGUGAUGGUCUGGCGCAUUCAUACGCGCGUAAGACGUAUAUUUAGCUGGAUUGCCUAUUUGAUUGUGCUUGCAGCUUUACUUAUGAUCUUGUUUACUCGGUUUCAUUAUACCGUUGAUGUACUCUUGGCUGUUUAUAUCACAUAUUCAGCAUGGUACAUGUACAUGGACACUAUUCUAGAGGCAUCAAAACGCACCAUGUUUGCGUUUCGAGGACACUCCACUCGAAGUCUAUUCCGAUCACGGUUGGCAUCGUUCGAUGCAGAUACGACGUACGAAUUCUUGACAUGGCAGCCGACGCCGUUAAUGCCUACAUGGGUAAUGUGGCUCUGCAUGUACGCGGAUGGGUUAGAUAUCCGGUUACGGGCCCUGGGAAUCAUGGAUGAGCACGGCCGGUUAACCUAUGAAGCUGAACAGCACAUGCAUUCUCCCUCUCCCCCGAUGGUAGAUAUACACGAGAUGACGUCUCAGUCUUUACCCACAUAGCAGCACCUCUUUGUUAAUACGUCUUUUUAUUCCAAUUAUGUCUAAUUCUUACACAUCAUAAUAUGUACUAUACUAUCAUUUGGAAAGUGUACAGUAAAUGGUUCUCCAUAUCAUCAUCAUAAAUACAGGGGUAUGGUUUGUUUACAUCUACUAUAUGCUCGUCCGCCAAAAAAAAUUGGAUGAACUUGGCAAAAAGGGUUUCAUGCACAGUAGCCAACAACCCUAUACCAUCACAACAACAACAACAACAUUAUACCAACUCCUUAUUU